CGUGCCAUAUCUGGCCAUAUAUGUCAUGGUAGUUGUGCUGUCAAAUAGGUGCUCUUCGUGACUUAUUUUUGUUAUUUUAUGUGUGUAUUUUACGUGUUUACUAUUAAGACUUUACUAUUUCAAGACUGAAUUUAUCAACGAGUAUGCCUACGUGUUGUAUCGUGAAGUGUCGUGCAAGUAAGCACAAAAAUCAAGCAGGAUUUUCUUUACACAGGUUUCCUAUACGAAAUGAUUUAAGGACAAAAUGGUUAGAAGCUAUUGGUGAGGAAAAUAUUAAUCCCAGACAUAAAUAUUGGUAUGUCUGUUCGCUUCACUUUGAAGAUAGUUGUUUUAAUAGAACACUGGAUAUCUUAAGAUUACGUGACAACUCUGUUCCCACAUUAUUUUUGACACCCAAAGAAGGCACCCAAGAGUCGUUGGUUUUACAUGAUAUUACUAACAUCAGAAAGCAUAAUGAUACUGCCACAUCAACUGAUGUGUUCCCAUUAUCCUAUGAAAAUAUAAAACCAAAGCAUAAGGAGUUUGUUUCAGACGAAAGAAGAAGGAAGAAGCAGACUGUCCGUCAUAAAGAGGUAUUUACAAUGGUCCUUGUAAGGGAUAGCAACAUUAGUAAUUAAAUUAGAAAUAUAUAGAACAAAUGAUUCUUAAAUUAUACAUUAAUAUUUAUAGUAAGUGUAUAUAUUACGUAAUAAGUUAGUUGUAUGAUGUAUAUAUAUUUAUUAUCAAGACAUUGUAAAAAGUUAUUUGUAAAUUAAAACAUUUGUAACAAUUCUUAAAGUAUAUAUUAUCUAGUUUGUAUUUUAAAUUACCACAAAAAAUAAAAGAAUACGACUGGACCACAUUUAAACGAGCACUUAGAGCCCUCUUGGUCAAAAAUUGUUACUACACCAUUAAUGAUUUUUUAAAUGACAAUAACUUAGAAACACCUUGACAUACGCCCUGUUCUCCUAAUAUUACAUACUUACUGUAUCCUUACUUGUUAUUGUGAUGUGAAUAUUUUUAUUUUUCUAUCAUAACUUUGACAUUGUAAUUAAUUUUGUUUGUUGAAAAUGCAUUUAAUUUGAUUUUGUUGAAUAUUAAUACAUGAAAAUUAAUGUAUGUGAUUAAUACUACAAUCUUCAUACCUGACAUUACAUUCAUACGCCUUCUGAGGCAGAUUUUGGUGGUACUAAUUUUAUUAAAAUUGUGAACAUAUUUAAUACCCAACAUGUAUAUGAAUAAAUAAAUUAAUUUGA